GCGUCGCUUCGCCUCCAGCGGCGUCUGCUCCUGCCUGGCUGCCUCCUACUACAAGUCUAGCGUCGCUUCGCUUCGCUUGUGUUGGGGCCGCCUGCUCGACUCGCUUGCUCUGCGCUACCGCCCGCCGCGGCCUUCCCAAUCUCCGACCACCACCACCCCCGCCUCCUGCUCCUCCAAAUUCCAAUGGCCGCGCCCUCUCACCUCCACCUCCUGGGCUGCCCCCAAACCCUAGCCCUAGCCCCGCCCUCGUCGCGGGGCCCCUCCGCUGCCUCUCCCCGCCUCGGCUUCCGCCGCCUCCGCCUCCGACCCGUCGCCGCGCUCGGCCCAGCCGACGCCGGCGAGAUGCUCGGCCGCGUCGAGGCGCUCCUCUACACCGUCGCGGACGCCGCCGUCGCCGCGGCCCCGGAGGCGGAGGAGGCCGCCGGGGACUGGCUCUCAGGCAUCACCAACUCCAUGGAGACCGUGCUCAAGGUUCUCAAAGAUGGUCUAUCAGCUCUCCAUGUUCCCUAUUCAUAUGGUUUUGCAAUAAUUCUCCUCACUGUUCUUGUUAAGGCUGCUACAUUUCCUCUUACAAAGAAGCAGGUUGAGUCUGCACUUGCAAUGAGGUCACUGCAACCUCAAGUGAAGGCCAUUCAAGAACGAUAUGCUGGUGAUCAGGAAAGGAUACAGCUUGAAACUGCUCGUUUAUACAAGUUAUCUGGUGUUGACCCACUUGCAGGAUGCUUGCCUACGCUCGUGACAAUACCAGUUUGGAUUGGUCUAUACAGAGCUCUCUCAAAUGUAGCUAAUGAGGGACUUCUGACUGAAGGCUUUUUUUGGAUACCUUCUUUGGCUGGUCCUACAACAAUUGCUGCUCGACAAAAUGGCCAGGGAAUAUCCUGGCUUUUUCCAUUUACGGACGGCCAUCCACCUCUUGGCUGGUCGGACACUUUGGCAUACCUUGUCUUGCCAGUUCUUCUUGUCAUUUCACAAUACAUAUCUGCUCAAGUAAUGCAGCCACCAAAGAGCAAUGAUCCUAGCCAACAAGGUGCUCAAGCUGUUACAAAGUUCUUGCCAUUGCUAAUUGGUUAUUUUGCUCUUUCUGUGCCUUCUGGACUAAGUCUAUACUGGCUUACUAAUAAUAUUCUCAGCACUGCCCAACAAGUGUGGCUUCAAAAGCUUGGAGGUGCAAAAAACCCUGUCAAAGAAUACAUUGACAAACUUUCAAGAGAAGAGUCAGCUAAUGUUCGGAAGAAUGAAGCUGCUGUUCAGGAUGAACCCCUCCCUAACCUUAGUAAACCCCAGCCCAGCCAAGAGCCGAAAGCAACUGGGCCACAACGAGGUGAAAGAUUUAGGAAACUAAAGGAGGAAGAGUCGAGGAGAAAAGAGGUUCUGGGACAAGCAACGCAAUCAGAACAGUCAAGCACUGAAUCUAGAGUCCUUGAUGGAGCACAAAAUUUGGACGCGUCUUCUGGAGACAACAAAGAUGAACAGGAACCUCAUGAAAAUGGAUCAGUCGUAGCUAAUAAUAAUGGUGGACUUAACCAUAGUAGAAAUGAAAAGAUUCUGAAUGGAAACUCAGAUAAGGAAGCACCUGACGGUCAUUCCUCAGUAAGCAAACCUACCUCAUCAGACAGCCACAAAUUGACGGACCAAGAGAAUGGAAAUGAUGCGGUGUAGCGAAUGCAUGUAGGCACCUCUAGCCAUUCUACUGCUAUGAUACGCUCUCUGAAAACCGCCGGCACAAGCAGAUCUGCUUCUUCCACACGCUGUUCUGAAUUCAUCGUCCAGUUUAGUUUGAGAUAGUGAGCAAUAGUUUCACAGCUGCAGGAGAGUCGAGUAUCACAAGGAGAUACCGGGAGGCUAAAUUGUUUGAAACCACGAUCUAGCGCUAGGCUCUUUCUUUUCUAGAAUUUGAAGGUGUAGAUUAUGUGAAGCUGUCUACGUUCUCCAGCUGGGAUGGAUGUAUGGUAGCUGUAAAUAUGUAUCUUCCAUCCUCGCCUGAUUUUUGACCGUACAAGCGGCUGAUAUUUUACUUAGCUAGCAGUAUACCUCGUGACAAUAAUUUUGGAAUGCAUGGUGAUGUCUGACAAAACAAUACGGAUACACCAGCAUUUUGUCUUCAGAAGCA